UAUUACUCUAAAGCUAUUAAAGAGUUGCUUUACUUCUGUCUGGUUGCUGAAGGAAAGCAAGCAAGGCCUAGGAUACGAGUGGGUGAAACAGAAGUCUAAACAUCUAGUAAGAGACAGAGAAGUUGCAGAACCACUCCAACUAAGCUGAGAAGAAAACAGACAAAGGGACAUGGCCUCAGAGAUCCACAUGCCAGGCCCAGAGUGCCUCAUUGAGAACAUUAAUAGGAGACUGCUGGUUAAUCCAAAAGCCCUGAAGAUCCUGUCUGCCAUCAGGCAGCCUGUUGUGGUGGUGGCUAUCGUGGGCCUCUACCGCACAGGCAAGUCCUACCUGAUGAACAAGCUGGCUGGGAAGAACAAAGGCUUCUCUCUGGGCUCCACAGUGCAGUCUCACACGAAGGGCAUCUGGAUGUGGUGUGUGCCUCAUCCCAAGAAGCCAAACCGUACUCUAGUUCUGCUUGAUACUGAGGGUCUGGGGGAUGUGGAGAAGGGUGACAACCAGAAUGACUCUUGGAUCUUUGCCCUAGCAAUACUCUUGAGCAGCACUUUUGUGUACAAUAGUAUGGGAACUAUCAACCAGCAGGCCAUGGACCAACUGCACUAUGUGACGGAGCUGACAGAUAGAAUCAGGGCAAAAUCCUCACCUGAUGUGGAUGGGGUUGAGGAUUCAGCUGACUUUGUGAGCUUCUUUCCAGACUUCGUAUGGACACUAAGGGAUUUCUCCCUAGACUUGGAAGCAGAUGGACAGUCCAUCACAGAAGACGAGUACCUGGAGAAUUCACUCAAGCUUAAGAAAGGUACCAGCCCGAAAGAUAAAACUUUUAAUAUGCCUCGACUCUGUAUCCGAAAGUUCUUCCCAAAGAAGAAAUGCUUCAUCUUUGAUCGGCCCACUCAUAGAAAGAAAUUGGGCCAGCUUGAGGACCUGUGUGACGAUGAACUGGACUCUGAAUUUUUGCAACAAGCUGCGGUCUUCUGUUCCUACAUCUUUAGCAAUUCCAAAACUAAAACUCUAUCAGGAGGCAUCAAGGUGGAUGGACCUCGUCUAGGGACCCUGGUGCAGACCUAUGUCAAUGCCAUCAACAGUGGAGAUCUGCCCUGCAUGGAGAAUGCAGUCCUGGCCUUGGCUGAGAUUGAGAACUCAGCUGCAGUACAAAAGGCCAUUGUCCACUAUGACCAGCAGAUGGGCCAGAAGCUGCAGCUGCCCACAGAAACCCUCCAGGAGUUGCUGGACCUGCACAGGGCCACUGAGAAAGAGACCAUUGAAGUCUUCAUGAGGAGUUCCUUCAAAGAUAUAGACCAAUUAUUUCAAAAAAAAUUAGCGGCCCAGCUAGACAAAAAGCGAGAUGACUAUUGUGAUCAGAAUCGUAAAGCAUCAUCAGAUCGUUGCUCUGCUUUACUGAAGGAUAUUUUCAGUCCUCUAGAAGAAGAUGUGAAACAGGGGAUUUAUUCGAAAUCAGGGGGCUAUCGCCUCUUCAUUGAGAAGAUGCAAGAGCUGAAGAAGAAGUAUCUUCAGGAGCCCAGGAAGGGCAUACAGGCUGAGGAGAUUCUUCAGGAAUACUUGAAGUCCAAGGAGUCUGUGACUGAUGCAAUUCUACAAACGGACCAGACACUUUCAGAGAAGGAAAAGUUGAUUGAAGUGGAACGCAUGAGAGCUGAAUCUGCACAGGCUGCAGCAAAAAUGCUGGAGGAAAUGCAAAUGAAGAACCAGCAGAUGAUGGAACAGAAAGAAAAGAGCUAUCAGGAACAUGUGAAACAACUGACUGAGAAGAUGGAGAGGGAUAGGGCCCAGUUACUGGAAGAGCAAGAGAGAACUCUUGCUCUCAAACUGCAGGAACAGUCCCGACUACUACAGGAAGGAUUCCAAGGAGAGCAGAGACGACUUCAAAAUGAAAUACAGAAUCUCCAGAAGAUGAUGAAGGAGCCAAGGCACCCAUGUGUCCUAAGCUAAAGAAUUAAAGAAUAGAGCUUUCCUGGUAACUCUUAUCAAAGGCAUUACUCAAGAAGUUUAAAACUAAGAAAAGUGUCACCAUAUUUGAUAAUAUUUAGGUUUUGCAUUUUUAUUACAGUAAAAUUUGCAAAGACAUGCCACACUAUAAUUGAAAUCACGUGCAUCUUCCUCACAAUAUUGUCAACUGUGUAACAAGAUGCAUUUUACCUCUGUGCCAGCACAGGAGACAUCAUAAACUAAUACCAUCAGGAGCUUCUUCUUCCAGAUGACCACUAGUUAGACAAGUGGAUACUGAGCAAAGUCUUAGGUCAAAGUCUUGGGACAUAGUUGGUCAUGACUUUGACCAAAUACACAAGAGGUUCCAAUAUCAGGGACAACCAUUCUAGCUUCUUAGAGAAGAUAGUAUAUGGUGUCCCCUUGUUUCCAGACUGCACAGUCUGUCAGCAGUGAUGUGAUUCCUGGGCCUGGGAGUGGGCAAUGCUUAGUGGUGAAUUUCAAGCUAAAGUAAAUACCUUACAUAGUGAUCUAGAAUCUCUACAAAGUUUUCACAGGAAGACGGAAGAAGCCUUUAGUAUGAUUAUAACUUGGAUCAUAAAUAAAUGGGCUAGAGAAGGAAACUUUUCCUUCUUGCUCAAUUCACUCAGAUUAGAAUUUAAUGGGACUCUUUAGAAUUUUAGGUGACGCUAAACAUAGUAACAGGAUGACAACUAUACAUUGUGUGUGUUUGUAGCAAUUUAUAACUUGCAAAGAUGAACUUAAAAUGAUGACAAUGUGUUAGAAAACUGAGCUAAAUUAAUUAUUAGAUUGUUUAUAACCUUAAACUUUAGGCUAUCUUUUCCCAAUUCUUAAGAGUCGUACUUGAAAUCCUGCUUAUUUUUCCCCAAGACAAUAAUGGGUUGUUUUUUACUUCUUUUGACCAGUAAAAUACUGCUCUUUGUAUUA